AUGCGCAGGGUCAACCGCCUUUCGGAAAAAUUCGUGUUGCAGACCGUGAUGGCGGUUUCUGGAAGCAGACGCCAGAACAUGACGAUCGAUGGCGUCUGGGAGGAUUUGUACAAAGGUCUUCAGGCUGUAUAUUUGCGAGAAGUGAUGAAAUCUCAGCGCUACAUGGAGCUUUACACAAGUGUGUACGAUUUUUGCACGGCGGUCUCGGUGAAUUCCAAUCCUGGUGUUGUUGGCCGACCUACUCGGUCAGGUGCUCGUUCUUCGCACAAAAACUUCAGUGGUGAAGACGGACCAGUAACCGGCACGGAUUUUGUGGGCGUCGAGAUGUACGCGAAACUGACCAAUUUCAUAGAAUCGUACGUAAAAGCCAGGCUAGAGGGUGCGAGAGACCUUCUAGGCGAAGACUUGCUGCGUUACUACACAACACAGUGGUCGGAAUUCAGGUUUUCUUCAAAGGUUGUUGAUGGUAUUUUUUCGUAUCUCAACAGACACUGGAUAAAGCGAGAACUGGAUGAGGGCAAUGGCAAUAUUUAUAUGAUAUAUACGCUGGCACUGGUCAUUUGGAAACGAAGUCUGUUCAUGGAAAGCAAGGAACGUGUCACCGACGCUGUACUAGAUUUGAUUAGGCGGGAGCGGAAUGGCGAGACUAUUUCUCGUAAACUUAUACGCGAUGUGACUGAUUGUUAUGUUGAACUCGGUAUAGAAGAAGAUGAGACACCUGACCAGGUUCGGUCAGCUCAACCCAAUCCAAAUGCCAAGCUCAAGGUUUACAUGGACCACUUCGAGGCGAAAUUCCUUCGGGAAACAGAAAACUACUACGCCAACGAAGCGCAAGCUUUCUUGGAACACAAUCCUUUGACGGAGUACAUGAAAAAGGUUGAGAGAAGGCUAGAAGAUGAGCGCGCUCGAUGUGAUAUGUACUUGCACAUGGCGACACAGGAACCCCUGUCGAAAACAUGUGAAAAGGUUCUCAUUGAGGCUCAGCUCGAGUUAUUUCAAAACGAAUUUGGCGCGUUACUUGAAGCUAACAAAGACGAUGAUUUGGCCAGGAUGUACAAGCUUUGCGAACGUGUCGAGGAUGGUCUGAACAAUUUGCGGUCUGCACUGGAAAGCCAUAUUACCAAAGAAGGUCUAGCGGCUAUCGCUAAAGUCGCAGACACAGCUUUCACGGAUGCUAAGCUGUAUGUAACGACUAUUCUUGCCGUACACAAUCGCUACUCAUCGCUUGUGGGGAAUGCUUUCCAAAAUGAAUCUGGUUUCAUACAAGCACUCGAUAAGAUGGUCGUCUUCAAAUACAUUGAAGACAAAGACGUUUUCUCCAAAUUCUACACAAAGAUGUUCAGCAAAAGUGCUACAUGGAUCGGUUACAGGUUGAUAUCUGAAACAUCUGCGUCCGAGGAAGCAGAGGUGAGCCUGAUCAACAAGUUGAAGCAGAUGUGUGGAUUCGAGUACACAAAUCGAUUGUCCAAAAUGAUAAACGAUACUCAGAUCAGUAAGGUGCUGCAAUGUUGGAUCUUCACUUCAUCUUGCUAUUGUAUAUGCAGUAAUCGCGCAUGUACUUUUCAGAUGGUCGUCUUCAAAUACAUUGAAGACAAAGACGUUUUCUCCAAAUUCUACACAAAGAUGUUCAGCAAAAGGUUGAUAUCUGAAACAUCUGCGUCCGAGGAAGCAGAGGUGAGCCUGAUCAACAAGUUGAAGCAGAUGUGUGGAUUCGAGUACACAAAUCGAUUGUCCAAAAUGAUAAACGAUACUCAGAUCAGUAAGGAUUCAUGUGCCGAAUUCCGUGACUACUUAGCAAACCGCAAUGUCGACUUGGGAAUCGACUUCAACAUGCUUAUCCUAAGCUCCGGUUCAUGGCCAGCGCUACCGACUCUGAAGAUGCACUUACCACAAAAACUCAAUGUUGCCAUUGAGCAGUUCACAGCCUUUUACAAUUCAAAGCACAGUGGCAGAAAGCUGACAUGGGUGUUAUCGCAAUCUCGUGGCGAAAUAUAUGCGUUUGGCUUCGGCAAGAAAUAUGUUUUCACGACCACAACAGCACAAAUGGCAGUGCUUCUUUUGUUCAACGAUUCUAUGGAGUACUCGAUUGGAUCACUAAUUUUGUCUCUAGGGAUGGACAAGAAGACCCUGUCGCAAGUCUUGGUAUCCCUCGUCAAGAAUGAUGUUCUGAAGAGUUCUGAAAGCCUGGACGUGUCCUCAGAGGCAAAGGAUAAUGUCAUCAUAAGUCUUAACCAGACCUAUUCAAACAAAAAGAUCAAGGUACAGGGCUUUUUCUGCAUCGCCGGGUUUUGCUGUGUUGGUCGAUCUAUCCAAGAUGGUGAUGCGGACCGACACGAAGCAGGAAGACGGAAACUGUACAGAAGAAUGUUGACGAAGAUAGGAAAGAGCGUUAUUAACGCUUGUAUUGUAAGAAUCAUGAAGACACGGAAGAGGAUUUCCCAUUCUCAGUUGAUGACCGAGGUAUUGCAACAACUAUCAGCACGUUUCAAGCCAAGCGUCGAAAUGGUGAAACGUUGCAUCUCGCAGCUGAUCGAAAAGGAGUAUAUGCGUCGUGACGAGGCGGCCAGGGAGAUGUGGAAGAAUUCCGUGUCGUCGUUGUUUGCCUCUCUGACGGUCGUCAAGGAUGAGGAGAAUUGGCUGGAAGUAGGACUGAGAACUGCACGAUUACGCAAAGCCGGCCGGGUUCUGCUGAUGACGGGCGACACUCUUCCAAUGAGGGGCACCUUGCUACAGGAUCUGAACUCCACCGCAGUUGUGAUGAGUGCGUUGUUUUCAACAACUCUUGGCAGUGAAAUAUCCAACUGUGUAACAGUGAGUGACGAUUACCGCGAUCGAGAUGUGUUAGAAAGAAGAAAGAUCUCAGAAGGAGUGUUACCCAUGUUGAUAAACGUUGAAACGAUCGAUUCGUCGUAUCUUACCUUCGAUGCGAACAAUUUACCAAAUUAUGGGGGCAGCGAUGACCCGAUUGAGGUUUUUACUGAAUCGGCGGAAAGAAUGCAAAUCGAUUUGUGGAUCGACAAUCUGAAUCGACAUGGUUUCUAUAUCGACGAAUCUCUGGAGGCGUCCGAUCGCCGAAGAAUAUUUCGUUACUUGCUUGCCGAUAUGGUUGCUGAUGGUUUUCGGGUUCCAUUGGCGUCGCAUUCGGUUCGUCCAUGGACGCCCGAGCCACAGCUGUGGGACGUUGACAAGAUUUAUAUGAUAAAUUUGAAACGUCGUCCAGAGAGAAGAGCCAGGAUGGAGAGGAUUUUUGAGAUUCUCGGAGUUGAUGCGACGUAUUGGGAAGCGACUGAUGGGCAGAACCUCCCCAAGGACUACCCAUAUCAGAUACUUCCUGGGUACAUGGAUCCGUUCCAUAAGAGACCAAUCAAAGCCGGCGAAAUUGGGUGCUUUUUGAGUCAUUACAGAAUCUGGCAGGACGUGCUGAAGCUCGGUCUUUCACGAGUAGUGGUCUUCGAAGACGAUCUUCGUUUCACGGACGGCGGCUUGGAGAGAAUUAAGGAGGUGCUGGAAGAUCUCGACAUGUCGAGAUUGGAGUGGGAUCUGAUCUAUCUGGGCAGAAAGAAACAAGCUGAUCAGGAAGAAGUGUGGGUGCGAAAUCACAGACAUCUCAGCACUGUGGGGUAUUCGUACUGGACCCUCGGCUACAUUCUGUCAGCAGAGGGAGCGCGUCGGCUUAUUGCUGCGGAACCGCUGAAGAAGCUUCUUCCUGUCGACGAGUACUUCCCUAUAAUGUUUAACAAGCAUCCCAACAAGGUGAGUUCAGCUGGGAUAUUGUACCUAAUUUUUUAUUCUGUAGCUUAG